AAUUCCCAGUAGGAACGAGAGAAGGUCCUCUCUCUUCGACGUCCUCUGCGAGAUCAAGGAAGAGCCGGCGGCGGUCCGCGACUCGAGGCCGGAGAAUCCUCCUGUCGGUCUGAUUCCUCCCGAACACUUGCGGAUCGAGUUGGGCGGCGUUAAGGGGGGGAAGGAGAGGAUGAUCCUGCCGGUGGUGAAACUCGGGACGUUGGUUCUGAAGACGGUCUGCAAGCCCAUCGCCAGCAGGCUCAAGAAGGAGGCUGGCCUCCAUCCCAAGUUCCGCCGACUGAUCGUUAACGUCGCUCAGGCCAACCACCGAAUCACAACGAACAUACAAAGAAGAAUUUAUGGUCAUUCAACCAAUGUUGAGAUCCGACCCUUGGAUGAGGAGAAAGCUGUUCAAGCUGCUUCAGACCUUAUUGGAGAGUUCUUUGUCUUUUCAGUUGCUGGAGUUGCUUUGAUAUUUGAGGUGCAAAGAAGUGCAAGAUCGGAAGCUAGAAAGGAGGAAAUCCGUAGGCAGGAAAUUGAGGCUAUGAAACAGAAAGAGGAGGAUCUGAUGAGAGACUUGGAACAACUCAAGCAGAAGCUUAAUGAGAUAGAACACCUUGCCAAGGGACGAGGCCUUUCAGGCAUCAUCAGCUUUAGGCAUGACCAUGCACCUGAAAGCAGCAAAUCGGGAAACCCUGCUUGAUUUUAUUUCCGGUCAUCUUUUGUGGGCAAAA